AUGGUGUCUGGGCUAUUCUGGUUAGAACGUAACUGUUUUACUAAUUCUGAGCGAAUAUACAAUUAUCUACUAUCCUUAAGAUUUCAACGUUUGAGAACGAUUGCGCAGGUGUGCGAUGAUUCACCUGGUUGUGCGAAGGAAAAAAAUUAUUUUUUGGGUCGGUACUCGAGAGCUGCGGUAUCGUCGCAGAGUGUUUACUGUUCCGAAAUUGGCAGAGAGAAAUGCAAGGACAAAUUUUUAAGGAAUACAAUGUUAAAAGGUGGGAAUGCUGUUGAUGCUGCAAUUGCUACAAUGUUCUGUAUUGGAGUUCUUGACGUCCUACAUUCCGGACUUGGUGGUGGCCAUUUCAUGACUAUAUACAAUGCAACAACGCAGAGAUGUUCGGUUAUCAAUGCCAGAGAAAUGGCUCCAAAAGCAGCAAACGAAACCAUGUUUGUAGGUUCGCCAGAUCGGUCCUCUCUAGGAUGGUUGGCAAUUGCUGUUCCUGGUGAAUUACACGGUUUUUGGACAGCAUACAAACGGUUCGGUGGAAAAAUACCGUGGAAACAGCUUGUUCAGCCAACCAUUGAUCUUUUAGAAAUGGGUCACCCAACGUCAUACAUUAUGGCGCGUGCCCUUGACUCUGAAGAGGAUCACAUCAUGAAAGAGCCGAGUUUAAAACAAUUUAUAAACCCUAAAACAGGAAGGGUAUAUAAGGAAGGCGAACAAAUUACUACGAGAAAAGCGUUUACAAGGACUCUUAAAGCUAUUGCUAACACAAAAGACCCGGUCAAGUUAUUCUACAACGGAACACUAACUCUCAGAUUUGUCCAAGAAUUUAAAAAAAAUGGCGGUAUAUUAGAACUAUCAGAUUUUAACUCCUAUCGUUCUAAAGUACAUGAAGGUGACGAGGUAAUAUAUUCUAAAUUAAGCAACGGACGGUAUGUCUGCGGCCCACCACCUCCAUCUAGCUCAGCAGUCACUCAGUCAAUCAUUAACGUUCUCGAUGAUUACGCUGUAAGGAAUGCUGGUAAUUUUACAACAGCUUCAUUCUUGCAUUACUUUGUCGAAGCUUCCAAGUUUGGUUAUGCAGUUAGAAGUAAGCUGAGUGAUCCACAGUUCAACCCAGAAUCGAUGAAGCUGGCAAAGGAAAUCACUUCUGAAGCAUAUGUUAACAAACUCAGAUCCUUGAUAACAGAAAAAACGCAUGAUAUUCCAUACUACGGAAUUGACUCCACAGGAUUUGAUGACCAUGGCACAACACACGCAUCAGUUGUUGACUACGAUGGCAACGCGGUUUCAGUCACUUCAACCGUAAAUUUGCUUUUUGGGGCUGGGGUGGGGUCAGAAUCAACUGGCGUUAUAUGGAACGAUAACAUGGAUGACUUUAGCUCACCAGGAUCCUCGAAUUACUUCGGCUUCAAGCCGUCAGAGUGCAAUUUUAUAAAGCCAGGCAAAAGGCCAAUGAGCAGUAUGAGCCCUAUAAUUAUUUACAGUACUAGUCACCCUACGGAAGUACUCUCGAUUGGAGCUUCAGGAGGUUCUCGGAUAAUUAGUGGCGUUUCGUAUGUUGCGCUGCGUAGUCUUCAUUUUAAUGAAGAUCUACAAGAUUCAACUUUUGCUCCCCGCGUACAUAACCAAUUACAUCCAAGCAAGACAUUUCACGAACGCGGUGUUCCUGAAGACCAACUUGAAGAACUCCAGAAACGCGGUCACACACUAAUAGAAUGGAACACCACCGACUACCAUCCUAAGACAUCAAUAUCUGCAGUUAAACGGGUUUCUCGCGGUACUCUUUUUGCUUCAGCAGAAUAUCGAUGCGGAUCUCAAAGCGCUCCAGCUGGGUUCUAA